UCACGGUUGUUUUUGCAUAUGCAUCAGCAGCAGCACACGUGUGCUUCUGCACUUGACUGCUGCCGGUUUGCGUUUCUAUAUCUGCCGUAACGGUACCGGCACUUGUUUUCUACUUGAAAUUUACAAAUGGCGAAGAAGGGUGGACUUAUUCCGGCAUUGCCGUCCGAUUUUAGUAAAUCGAAGUACUGGGAAUCCUUCUUUAAGAAGAGAGUGAAUGCUUUCGAAUGGUAUGGGACUUACUAUGAAUUAUGCGGGAUUCUGCAUCGGUAUAUAAAGCCUUCUGACAACAUAUUGAUGGCUGGAUGCGGGAAUUCAGAGUUGGGUGAAAACAUGUAUGAUGCCGGUUUGAAAUCGAUCGUGAAUAUUGACAUUAGCCAGACAGCCAUUGAUCAGAUGUUGAAGCGAAGAGGAGACAGAGAAACAUUAGAAUAUAAGAAGAUGGAUCUAACUGAUUUAAAAUUUGAAGACGAACAUUUUUCUGUCAUUGUAGAUAAAGGAACUCUAGAUGCCAUAAUGUCUGAUGAUUCCUCUCAAAGUAACGAAACCGCAGAUAAAAUAUUUUCAGAAUAUUUCCGAGUAUUGAAGAACGGCGGACGAUAUGUUUGUGUCACAUUAGCACAGGAUUAUAUAUUGAAUAAAAUAUUGGAAUACUUUACAGAAAACGAUUGGCUUGUUAGAUUACAUAAGGUUUUCAUGUCAGAUGAGAAUCAAUCAAACAAUCUUCCUGUCUUUGCCUUCGUAAUGACAAAAUUCAAAAAUUUACCAAAGAAAAUUCUUGAAAUUUGUGUUGAUGACUCCUUCACACCAACUAGAGUCGCAGAAAAGGAAAAUAUCAAAGAAUUUGUGAAGUCACAACAGCAUUAUGCGGCAUAUAAAUCAAGUUUAAACAAAGAAGUCGAUCCUACUAAGGACAACCCUCCAAUUGAACUGUUUAGCGCAACUGACUCCGUCAAUCCUAGGUUUAUUCUCCAUAUCGUUGACAAAUCUUCAUCAAAACUCCACUGCAAGUUUGCUGUGUUUAUCGUUCCUCAGGGCAGAGAAAGUGAAUGGUUGUUUGCCUCAAAUGAAGGGAGGCGAAGUGUGGUGGAACAAACUCCGUUUAAGAGAGUUUUAUUUGUGUCUCUUCAUCCUGAGCAUGAGUACGGGACAAGAGAGGAUUUACAAGCUGAACUUAAUUCAACUGUAAUGGAUUUUGCACCUCCUGGAACGCAACCUUCAGAUAAUGUUCCCUACCUUUCGACCAAUAACGAAGACAUGGGACAUCGUAUUGUACGGUGCAAAGGUGAGAGUGCAAUCAACGGCAAAUACAUCGUAGAGGAUUUUGCUAAAGAUGGAGAUGCUUGGUAUCGCCACCUAGUGCUCAUGUUGCGUCAGAGCAUCGUUCAAACUGAAAUCAGAUUGAAGAAGGAUCCUUCUGCCAGUGGAAGAAAAUCAUCCAAACGUAACAAGAAGACUGAUAUCAGUACUGAAGGGCUCAUACCAGACCAUACGUACCUCACAUCAGGGUAUGAUCAGCCUGCUAUAGCUGGGGUCGUUCUGAAGCAUACACCAGAUUCUGAAUUCAAUGCGAUGGCAAUCGGGGUUGGCGGUGGAGCUCUGUCGACUUUUCUUCAUCAUAAUUUCAAAAAUUGUAACUUAACAGCCGUAGAGCUUGAUCCUGCCAUGAUAGAAGUAGCUCGAGAAUGGUUCGGGCUUCCAAAGAACGGAGAGAGAUUCAACGCCCAUGUUGCUGAUGGAAUAAAAUUCGUGGAAGACGAAGCAAAAAGAAUAGAGGUAGCAGGGAAUGAGGAGAAGUAUGACAUCAUAAUUAUAGAUGUUGAUGGGAAAGAAUAUUCUCUCGGGAUAUCAUGUCCGGCUGUCAGUUUUGUCAAACUUGAUUAUCUGAUGAAAGUUGCUAAAAUCAUGAAACCAGAUGGACUUCUGAUGUUCAAUCUGUUAUGUUGGGAUGAAAAAAUGAGGGCCAAGGUCAUUUACAACCUUUGUAGAGUUUUCAAGGUUGUUGCAAGGUCACCUUGUGAGGCAUUCCACAAUGAAUUAGUUUAUUGCUUCAAAGACAAACCAAACUUUGAACCUACGACAUCAACAAAAUCAGCAAAAAAACGUAACAAACGAAAAAAGGGUGGAAAAAAAGCUUUCUCACCCAAAAAUCUAGACCAGAAUGAAACUCUUGACAAAGUUGUCAAGGAAACUGAAAAUUCUUUAAAUGAUUUGUCUUUAUCACCAUCAAGUGGCCAAGAAACACUAGAGGUUGAAGGUUGUAACCAUAGUGAUACAAUUUCAAAUCCAAAUAAUUGUUACAGCAAGGACAAUCCAACCCCGAAAUCAAAAAAUUAUCAAAUGUUGGACAAUUUAAGUUUCACAAGCCCAGACUUCAUCCCACCUAAGAGUAAAAAGCCGUUGCAUUUGGAAAACUAUCAUCCAAAUUUGUUUAAUUAUUGGAGAGAGCGAACAAAAACUUGGGGAAAGGAGCGGGAAAUGUGUGCCAGUACGAUUGAGUUGACACCCAUGAUUGAGAAUAUUAUGGUUGAACAAGAAGUUGAAUAUUAUAUUGGGAGUGAAUAGGACAAACUUCAAACUUAGACAAUUUAUAUCAGUGGGCCGGCAACCGACGGCCCACGGAGUAAUACGAUCCGGCCCGCGACGCUUCACUGAAUUAUAGUAACGAAACAGCUGUUUUGAUGAUUAUAUUUCUACAUAUAUUGUGAGACACGUGUGGACUGAAUUAUAUUUUAAUUUAACAAGUAUAAUAUUUACCAAUUACUCGUUUAAUAAGCCUAUGAUUUAAUUGUAAUUAAACAAAUGGCAACAAAACGCAGCAAAG